AAUAAAUUAUAUAAUUGUUGAUUUUUCUGUCUUCUAGUGGAGAUCAAUUCCAGACAUCAAUGACUGAGUUUACAGUUCGAAAUUUUCCUCCACGCCAUCCAGAACGAGUGAAACGAAUCUUAUGUUUAGUAGAGACUACAAUACCUGAGUGUGAUCCACAGACUUGUAGUGUCUGCACCCUCCGACCACUUGUUGAUGUGUUCGCUCUAAUCCAAACAACAUUCAACAAUUCUAUGUCGAGUAUAAAAAUGACGUCAGAGACUCCUUGCCCGCCACACUAUUGGAUGAAGUCCGUUCGAGUGGCAAUCAAGAUGUGCAAGUUCGUAUUACAAAUAAAUUGCGAGGAAAGCAUUUUGUUCCCCUCAACAGUUGUGUGCAUGAAGCGACUCUCCUUCGUUUAGUGACAAAGAAUUUCCAAAAUUCCUGACGUAGAUGUAAGAUUUAAGAGAAAUUCAACGCCAACAUUCCUCAUAGAAGUCUGAAGUAAAGUGUCACACAAGACGUUCAUGUUUUGAUAUACAAUUCGACUGAAUAAAUCUAAAUCUCUAACCAAA